UAAUCCGCUUACCAAAGAGUAAGGACGACUUAUCGAAGUUGAUACAUUGGCCAGAAGCUUUACCAUAUUUCCUGACUACUUUCAUUACUUCUUCACAUUCACGGGGUUCCGCCUUACAGAAGAAAAGGCUAUCAUCAGCAAAGAGAAGGUGAAUCAUGCUUUACUUUUUAUGUUGGUUUUUAUUAGCAAUAUUAUUAUGUUUCUGAAACAAUAUUAUUAUUUCAGGUUUUUUAUAUAUAAAAAGGAUCACAAUUUGUUUGCUUGCCUUAAGUUUCGGCGAGCCUGAGCACGACACUGCAGCCACUACGUCCAUUCUCAAACCACUCGAAUACAUAUAUAUCUAUAUAUAUUGACACACACGUGUAUUAUGCAUAUCUUGAAUGUUACAUCGUUUUAUGAUAAAAGUGUUUUGUAUUUUCCGGUUUAUAUUUCGCCGAGCAGAAAAUCAUCCCAGAUAAAUAAUUGCUAUGAAUAAUUUAUAUUCCACUGUUCAUGUCAAAUACACCAGCGUUUAUCGAGCUUAAUUUCACUUCAUUUUCUUCUCUGUUUCAUCGGUAACUCCUUGUUCUUUCUCAUUUCCAAUUUUCUAUUUCUAUUUAUUUUCAAUUUUAUAUCAUAUGGUUUUGCUGAUAUACUACUUUAUUCACAUCAAUUGUUAUUCAUCUAAUGUUCUCAUUUCCUCGUGCAGCUUUAGAUUAAAAAACAAGUCUUUUGGUCUCAUUUGUUGCUAUUUAGAUUAUAUAAUGUCCUGAAUUAGAUUAUUUAUACUUAAAAGGUUGGAUUCUUUGUUGUUUGUUACUUUUAUUUUUUAACUAUUAUUAUUGGAGUAUGUUUGAAAGCUGUUUGAUGCUUUCUAAAUAGAUAAUUGACUUCUCUUAGUGCAUUUUCAUUUGGCAGGGUUAAGUUCUUUCUUUUUCUCUACAGAAAAUACAAGAAAUGGGUUUGCCUUCUUAAUUAUCUAAAGCCAUACCUUCUUUUUCUCCUCUUGUGUCUUCUCAAUGUUAUCACAAUUAACUCCAAAAAAUCAUUAAAAGGAGAGGCCGUACUUUUUGGCGGUAAUUUUCCAGCUUUGUAUGUUAUUGGAGAUUCAUUGGUUGAUCCAGGAAACAAUAAUCAUCUUUUGACGCUAGUCAGAGCGAAUUUUAAACCUUAUGGUUCUAACUUUGAAGGAGGCAAAGCUACCGGCCGUUUUAGCUAGUGAUGGCAAAACAAUUGCUGAUUAUAUUGCUAUUUAUUAUGGGCUUCCUUUGGCUCCUGCUUACAUGGGAUUAUCUAAAAAAGAAAAAAACAACCUCUCAACGGGUAUUAACUAUGCUUCUGCUAGCUGUGGGAUUUUUCCUGACACAGGAAAGCAAUUUGGAAGAUGUCUCUCGAUGAAUGUCCAAAUCGAUCUACUCAAUAAAACUAUUGAGAAAAAUCUUAAGAAAAAGUUCAAGACGCAGUCAGAGCUUAGUAGACACUUGGGUGGAUCGUUGUUUAUGACCGCGAUUGGGGUCAAUGAUUACGCUUUCACCUAUAAAAAGAACGCAACCGAUGCGAAUGAGUUUGCAAGCAAGCUUCUUAAUGAGUUCUUGAUACACCUCGAGAGAUUAUAUAACUUAGGAGUGUUGGAUAAACUUGAAGUUACUUAG